AUGCUAAGACAAGUAAGAAAUAUGCAUGUCAAGGCAAUUAAGAUGAGAUGGUUAACAGGUGGUGACAACUACAGCUACCUGUUGAGUACACAGGAUAAAACCAAAUCGUGGUUAAUUGAUCCUGCCGAAGUACUUGAAGUACUCCCUAAUCUGGAUUCUAGUGAAAGAAAAAGUAUUCAAUUCAUUGCCAACACUCAUCACCACUACGAUCAUGCCGGUGGUAACACUGGUAUACUAGCAGCUUUGGGUAAGGAGAACAUUAAGCCCAGAGUACUCGCUGGUUCUCAUGUGUCACCAGCUACUACCGAUGUUCCAGAACAUCAACAACAAUUUACACUGGGAAAUCUACUCGUAUCCUGCAUUCGUACCCCUUGCCAUACCCAGGAUUCUGUCUGUUAUCACGUCAAGGACCCUGAGACCAGUGAGCAGGCACUAUUCAGUGGUGAUACUCUUUUCACCGCAGGUUGUGGUAGAUUCUUUGAAGGUAAUGCGCAAGAAAUGGAUGUUGCAUUGAAUCAACGGAUACUUCAAGAAGUUGGUGAACCCAAUUGGUCCCUAACUAGAGUUUAUCCAGGUCAUGAAUACACCAAGGGUAACGCUAAAUUCGUCCGCAAGGCAAUAUAUGUGAAUCCCAAUGAAAAUAAGCACUUUGAUAACCUAGAGAAAUUUUCAUUGGAGAAUGAUGUGACUACUGGUAGAUUUACGCUGGCUGAUGAGACUCAGUUUAACCCUUUCAUGAGAUUAGAUGACCCCAUUGUUCGUAAGGCCAUUGGUGAUGCCAACGGUUCUUGGACUAGAGUUCAAGUCAUGGACAAAUUGAGAAAGCUCAAGAAUAUUAUGUAA